ACACCUAUUUUUCUUUCAAACUUUACAAGUUAGCUAGCCUUUUUUUUUCAUUCAACAAUGGCAACCAAUAUUCCUCAAAAACUUCAUUUUGUGUUAAUUCCAUUACUAGCACAAGGCCAUAUGAUUCCCAUGAUAGACAUGGCUAGGCUAUUCGCGGAGAGCGGUGUGAAGGUUAGUUUAGUUACUACACCACAUAACGCGUCAAGAUUCGCAACUAUUAUCAAUCGGGCAAAAGAAAUUGGGCUAGAUAUCGAACUUAUUCAAAUCCCAUUUCCUAGUGAAGAAGUUGGUUUACCUAUCGGUUGUGAAAAUCUUGAUAGUGUCCCUUCACGUGACCUUAUAAGAAAUUUUUAUACAGCACUAAAUAUGUUACAAAUUCCAUUGGAGAAUUUUUUGCAAGACCAAAAUACCCCUCCAAGUUGUAUAAUUUCAGAUAAGUGUCUCUCAUGGACAUCCCAAACAGCUCGAAAAUUCCAUGUUCCAAGGCUUGUUUUCCAUGGGAUGUGUUGUUUUUCUUUGUUAAGUUCACAUAAUUUGAUGCUUCAUAGGCCUUAUUUGAAGGUUAAAUCGGAUAUGGAACGUUUUGUUGUGCCAGGACUUCCCCUAAGGGUUGAAAUAGCAAAAAAUCAACUUCCGGGGUCUUUUGUGCAAUUACCGGACUUGGAUGAUAUUCGAGGUCAGAUGCAAGAAGCUGAAUCAAGUGCUUAUGGAGUUGUGGUUAAUAGUUUUGCAGAAUUGGAGCAUGGAUGUGUUGAGGAAUAUGAAAAAGCUAUUAAUAAGAAGGUAUGGUGCAUUGGACCAGUUUCACUUUGUAAUAAAAAUGUUAUGGAUAUGUACCAAAGGGGGAAUAAACCAUCAAUUGAUGACAAACAAUGUUUAAAAUGGCUCGAUACGAUGAAAAAUAAGUCCGUUCUUUAUUGUUGUCUUGGUAGUCAAUGCAGGUUAAUCGCAUCGCAAUUGAUAGAAAUUGGGCUAGGUUUAGAAGCAUCAAAACGGCCGUUUAUUUGGGUAAUAAAGACCGCAGAUCAAAAUUUUCUUGAAUUGGAGAAAUGGUUGUUGGACACGAAGUACGAGGAGAGAAUCAAAGGGAGGGGACUUGUGAUUAAGGGUUGGGCCCCUCAAGUUCUUAUAUUGUCACAUCCAGCCAUAAAGGGGUUUCUGACUCAUUGUGGUUGGAACUCGACAAUAGAAGGGGUGAGUUGUGGUGUGCCUAUGAUCACAUGGCCUAUGUUUGCGGAACAAUUCUUCAAUGAGAAGCUAAUUGUUGAAGUUUUGAGGAUUGGAGUUGAAGUUGGAGUUAAAUUUCCGGUUAGAUGGGGAGAAGAAGAGAAAGUUGGAGUACUUGUUUGCAAGGAACAAGUUGCGAAUGCUAUAGAGGAACUAAUGGAUGGAGGAGAGGAAGGAGAAAAGAGAAGAAUUCGAUCUAAAGAACUUGGGACGGUAGCAAGAAUGACCAUGGAAGAAAAUGGAACUUCUCGACUCAACAUAUUGAACCUCAUACAAGACAUCUUAAACCAAUCGUUAAGUGCUCAAUUAGUUUAAAAUUUAAGUUACAUUA